AUGUCCAAAACCGUUAAGGUGCGUGUUUUGAGAAAGUCUUUUGAUAAAGUGGUUAAUAAAGAAAUCAUGAAAAGAAAAGAUUUCUUGGUUCAUGAUGAAGGUGAAGUUGCAAGAGAAGGGGAUUUAGUCCGUAUUGAACAAUGUCGUAAAAUAUCUAAAAGAAAGGCUUUUUCAAUUGCAGAAAUUAGAAAAAAUAAAGGUCAACAAUUUUUAAGUCAUAAUGAAGAUGCAAGAGCAAGAGUUAUUAAAGAAGAAAAUGAAAAAACAAGAGAAUUCUUAGCAAGAAGAAAAAACACAACUGAAGAAAUAAGAAAUAAUACAUCACUCAUAACAGAUUUAAUGUUGAUUGAAAAAAGUACAAAAGGUAAUUUAUCAAAAGAACAAAAAGUUAAAGUAUCUCAAUUGAAAGAUAAAUAUGGUAUUAAAGAUUGGCCACCACAAAAAGACGCUUUGAGAUUACAAAUACAGUCACUUCGUGAAGAAAUUGAUGACUUAACAAACUCAGUUGCCAAUCAAGAAGUAUUUGUAAGAAAAUUACAAAACUUACUUGAAGAUAAAGAAAAAGGUGAUGAAAUUUUGACAAAAAUGGGUAAAAAUGUUGAAACUUUGAAAAAACAUACACGUAAGAAUAUAUUAAGAAAAUAUUUACUUGAAAAUGAACAAGAAGAAUCCAAAAAAUUAAGUUCAUUUUUAGAUCAAGAUUUAAGUAAACAAGUUGAAGAUUUAAAAAUAUAA